UCCCUAUUUAAACGCAAUUUCCCUUCCAUUUUCUCAGACCCAUCAAUUCACGUUCAUUCUCUCUCUCUCUCUCCUUCAACCAUGGGUCUCUUUCAUAGAUCGCACCUUUCCCUCGCCUUCAUUCUUUCUCUCUCAUUUUUGUCUCUUUCCUUUUCCCUCGACAUGUCCAUCAUCGACUACGAUGCUAAACUCGAGGCUGCCAAAACCGACAUUCACCUCAUGAAAAUCUACGAAUCGUGGUUGCUGAAACAUGGGAAAGUUUACAAUGCCUUGGGUGAGAAAGAACAUAGAUUUGAAAUCUUUAAGGAUAACCUGCAAUUCAUCCAAAACCAUAAUAACAUGGAAAACCAAAGCUUUAAGUUGGGUCUUACAAAGUUCGCUGAUCUUACCAAUGAGGAGUAUCGUUCCAUGUUUUUGGGUACACGGAGUCGUAAUUCCAAAGGGUUGCUUUCUGGCUCUAAGAAGAGUAAUCGUUAUGCUUUUCAUGAUACCGAUGAAUUGCCAGGUUCCGUUGAUUGGAGGGAGAAAGGUGCUGUUACUCCUGUCAAAGAUCAAGGCCAAUGUGGGAGUUGUUGGGCAUUCUCAACAGUUGGUGCUGUGGAAGGUAUCAAUCAAAUUGUAACUGGGGAUCUCAUAUCUCUAUCAGAGCAAGAGUUGGUUGAUUGUGACAAAGGUUUUAACAUGGGAUGCAAUGGAGGUCUCAUGGACCAUGCUUUUGAAUUUAUAAUGAAAAAUGGUGGCAUUGAUACUGAAGAGGAUUACCCUUAUCGUGCUCGCGAUAAUACAUGUGAUUCAAACAAGAAAAAUGCCCGGGUAGUCACCAUUGAUGGAUAUGAAGAUGUUCCUGAAAACGAUGAGAAGUCAUUGAUGAAGGCUGUUGCAAAUCAACCCGUUAGCGUUGCCAUUGAAGCUGGUGGCAGGGCAUUUCAACUUUACCAUUCAGGUGUUUUUACUGGCCUAUGCGGAACAGAACUUGACCAUGGUGUUGUGGCAGUUGGAUAUGGAACAGAGAACGGUACCGAUUAUUGGCUAGUGAGAAACUCAUGGGGUCCAUCAUGGGGUGAGAAUGGUUAUAUUAAGCUAGAGAGGAAUUUGCUAACAAGCAAAACCGGUAAAUGCGGUAUUGCAAUGGAGGCAUCAUAUCCUAUCAAGAAGGGUCAGAACCCUCCAAAUCCUGGUCCUACCCCUCCAUCACCUGUAAAACCUUCAACUGUAUGUGAUGAUUACUACUCUUGCUCAGCUGGAACCACAUGUUGUUGUCUUUUUGAGUAUGGAAGCUAUUGCUUUGCAUGGGGAUGUUGUCCCGUUGAGUCUGCAACUUGUUGCGACGACGGUUCCAGUUGUUGUCCUCCUGAUUACCCCAUCUGCGAUGUUCACGCCGGAACAUGCCGAUUGAGCAAAGACAAUCCAUUUGGAGUGAAAGCUUUGAGAAGGACACCUGCUACAACUACUUGGAGUUGGACACAGCGAAAAGCCGCAACGAAAGACAACUCCGAGUGAGAGAUGAAGGUGGAAUAAUCACUGCUGGUUUAGGCACAACUUAUAAAAAAUCUUUGAUGCAUUAACAGUAGUUAUGAGAGUGUUGGAGAGAAUAAGAAUUAAUGUUAAAUCAUUUUCUCUGAGUAGUGGUUGAUGUUGGUCUCUGUGAUUACACAAUCAAAUAGAGCAUUACAAGUCUUCAUUUAUUUUCAGACUUAUUGCUGUAAAUAUCUCAAGCAGUAUGCAAUUCGGAUAUUGAUGCUUUUCAUGGAUUGUAUAUAUUUUCAAAUUAUUGA